UGCUACAACUUCCAGUCUCCGUUCACACACGUGUGAAGAGAAAACGUGUGUUUUUGUAAAAGCGGUCCAGGUUUGAGUAAACAUGCUGGAACAGCUGGGUCUGAUCGGGACGAUCCAGGACGAGGACCAGAGUCCGGAGGAGCCCGACACCGAGUCCGACCAGGAGGAGGGGCCGAUCAUCCUGAACAGGAAGAAAAAGCUGGGGAGUCAUGGGUCAAAAUACUUUAACUGUGACUUUGAGUUUGGUGAGAAAGACGGGCAGAGCCGGGCCAAAGACUGGGCCAUGGCCGACGUCAUGAAGCAGCUCAAGAAGAAGAGAACCAUCACCACUCUGGACCAGAAGAUCGACAAGAUCAGGAAGAAGAGAAAAGCUGAGGAGAAGUCUCCCCAGGACGACGGUUCCUCGGAGAAAAAAGAGGAGGGGGAAGAGGAGGAGAAGGUGACAGCUGUUGCUGAUGGAGAGGAGGAUGAUGAUGAUAAGGAGGAGGAGGAAGAAGAAGAUGAUGAGGAUGAUGAGGAGGAGGAGGAGGAGGGGGAGUUUGGCUCCAGCGAUGAGGAAGUUCUCACCAAAUCAGACACCCUGAGAGAGAAGGAGCGGCGGGGGAAGAAGAGGAACGCAGCGGAGGAGGGUCCAGAAGCUUUCUACGAAGACGCAUCCCAGUACAACGAUAAGCUGACCUUCGACAACAUGAACCUGUCCAGACCCAUCCUGAAGGCCGUCACAGCCAUGGGCUUCAAGCAGCCCACCCCCAUCCAGAAGGCCUGCGUCCCGGUGGGCCUGAUGGGCCGGGACCUGUGUGCCUGCGCUGCUACUGGGACAGGGAAGACGGCAGCCUUCGUGCUGCCCGUGCUGGAGCGUCUCGUCUACAAACCCAAGACGUCCCAGGUGACCCGGGUCCUGGUUCUGGUUCCCACCAGGGAGCUGGGGAUCCAGGUCCAUACCGUGGCCCGCCAGCUGGCCCAGUUCACCUCCAUCACCACCUGCCUGGCCGUCGGGGGUCUGGACCUGAAGUCCCAGGAGGCGGCGCUGAGGGCGGGGCCAGACGUCCUGAUCGCCACCCCCGGGCGGCUGAUCGAUCACCUGCACAACACGCCCAGCUUCGAGCUGACGCACAUCGAGAUCCUGAUCCUGGACGAGGCCGACAGAAUGUUGGACGAGUACUUUGAGGAGCAGAUGAAGGAGAUCAUCAGGAUGUGUUCCUACAACAGACAGACCAUGCUGUUCUCUGCCACCAUGACGGAGGAGGUCAAGGACCUGGCCGCCGUGUCGCUGAAGCAGCCGGUCAAGAUCUUCGUCAACAGCAACACAGACGUGGCUCCGUUCCUGCGGCAGGAGUUCGUCCGGAUCCGACCGCACCGGGAAGGAGACAGGGAGGCCGUGGUGGCUGCGCUGCUGACCCGGACCUUCCAGGACCACGUGAUGCUGUUCACCCAGACCAGGAAACAGGCCCACCGGCUGCACAUCCUGCUGGGCCUGAUGGGCCUGAAGGUGGGAGAGCUGCACGGAGAGCUGAGCCAGAUGCAGCGGCUGGAGAACCUCAGGCGUUUUAAAGAUGAACAGAUCGAUAUCUUGGUGGCGACAGAUGUAGCAGCCAGAGGGUUGGAUAUUGAUGGAGUCAAAACGGUGAUAAACUUCACCAUGCCAUCCACGGUCAAACACUACGUCCACCGCGUGGGCCGGACGGCCAGAGCCGGCCGGUCGGGCCGCUCCGUGUCGCUGGUGGGAGAGUCUGAGAGGAAGACGCUGAAGGAGGUGGUGAAGUCGGCCCGGGCCGCCGUGAAGGCCCGCGUCCUGCCCCCAGAGGUCAUCCUGAAGUUCAGAGAUCUGAUAACCAAACUGGAGAAGGAUGUGGACGCCGUGACGAGGCUGGAGAGAGAAGAGAGAGAGCUGGCGGCCUCCGAGGCCAAGUUGAGCGUGGCUCAGAAGCGACUGGAAGGCUCCGCCUCUUGUGAAUCACAAAGAGUUUGGUUUCAGACUCAACAGGAAAGAAAACAAAGUCGCAUGUCCAAAGCUCUGCAGGACUUCGAUCUGGCUCUGAGAGGAACCAAGAAGAGGCAGAAGUUCGUCAAGGACGGCGGGAGGAAGAAAGAGCUGACGCCCGAGGAGCGCGCUGAGUUCGAGAUCCUGAAAGCCCAGAUGUUUGCUGAGCGGUCAGCAAAGAGAGAGAGACGACCGAAGAGGGCGAGAGCCAUGGCUGAGGACGAGGCCCCCGCUCCAGCCAAUAAGAAACCAGCUAAAGGAGGCAAGAAGUCUGUGUUUGAUCAGGAGCUGACCAACACCAGCAAGAAGGCCCUGAAACAGUACCGAGCUGGACCGUCCUUCGAGGACAGGAAGCGGCUGGGAUUGAACAGGAAGCGUCCAGGUGGCUCCAGGUGAGUCUCAGCCUGAAUCAUUUGGAUUCUCAUUAAAGUGGAAUGAAAUGUUCUGAGCUCUUGAUUUGUUCCUCAGGUUCAAG